AUGUGUCGUGAUUGUCAUGUACGGUCAUAUGUUUGGUCAUCAUCAGGUCAUGACAUGACUUCAAAAUCUAUCUCCUAUGUAUCUGUUAGACAUGUUUUAAUGCCAGUUUAUUUAUUCCCAGGUUUCCACCUGAGUGGCGUGGUCCGGGCCCCCGCUGCCGUCCCUCCUUGCUCUGAACCGGAGCGCCUCUACAGGGUCACUGUCUCCUUUGAUAGAUGUAAGAUCACAGGUGUAACAUGCAGUUGCGAGGCUCGCGACAUCUUCUGGUGCCAGCACGUGGUAGCCCUAGCGCUGUACAGGAUCAGGAAUGCAGACAGCGUUCGACUCAGGGUGCCUAUAUCAGAAACCCUGCUGCAAAUGGACCGCCAGCAGUUGCAGAAGUUCGUGCAGUACCUGAUAGCGGAACACCACACGGAGGUUCUGCCUACAGCCCAGAGACUGGCAGACGAGGUGCUUCAGGCGCGCUCCGCCAUCAACAGGAUCUGCGGCGCUCCAGACCCUACUGCCGGGCCGCCGCCUGACGCGCAUCAUGCCUGGCACCUGGACGAACAGCAGGUGUGCGAGCAAGUCAGGGCGUACUUACUACAGGGAACAUAUUAUAACGCUAACAAACAGCUUAAUUCAUUAUUUUCUAAAGUCCGUGAGAUGCUCCGUGCCCAGGAUUCCAACGGUCCGCGGAUGUUGAUGCUGAUGACGGAGCAGUUCCUGUCCGACCCUCGCCUGCUGCUGUGGAGGAACCAGAAUACGCCAAUGACGGAGAAGUGUCGCCAGCUGUGGGAACAAUUAGGUGCCUUAUGGGUCAGUAUAGUGCUGGACCCCGGGAGUAACAAACAGUAUCGCAUGCAGUGGAGACAUCUCCUGGAGAAGUGGUCCGCGGUCGAGGUCUGCCCCACCGAAGACCCUGACUACAGGUCCUUCCCAUUGUACGCGAGAGAACGGGAGAGAAACGAGCGAGACCGAGACAGAGAUCACAGAGACAGAGAUAGAGAGAGACAUAGAGAUAGAGAGGAGAGAGACAGAGACAGAGAGAGGAUAAGAGAGAGAGAGGAGAGGGAUAGGGAGAGGCGGAGAAGAGAGUUACAUUCCCACUCUGAGAGUUCAGAUGAGGACUCCAGACCUAACAAUUACGAGCGUGAGUACAGACGGGCCAGUAAACGACUGAGACUUCACAACCAGAGGAACGCUCCACUCACACCAAGGACUGUCUUCCAUAAAGCGUUGGAUGCUGUGGACAUCUCGUGGGAGAACGAACAUCUGAAGAACAUUCUCAGCUCCGACGAGUUCUGUGACCCCGACAAACCUGACAAGACGCCCACCACGCUACAACCGUACCCUAAGUUCAAUGAACUCGGACAACCAUUGUGGCAUGAACACUUGCCAGUAGUGGGUGCCCGUAUCGAGGCGUUGAGAGCCCACGGCCGAGCACCCGCCGCCCUCAGGCUAGCCGUGGCCGCUGCACGCGCUAUGAGGCAUCGACAGGAGGUGUCCCAGCAGCGGUGGCAGGAGUCGUCGUGCGGUGAAGGCAGCGAGGGUAGUGAGGCGGCGUGUGGGGGUGAUUCGUGCGGCGGUCAGUGUGACCGAGCCAAGCUGACCCUGGUCACGUCACACAUGGACCCCGGACUGUGUGUGACCUCGAGAGACACGUGCGCGCUCUCUCACACACACAGGUGUAUAGGACGAGACAGUAGAUGUUGGACGGGCUGGUCGUUAGAGGCGAUCUGGUGCGUGUACGAGUGCCUGGCGGACGCGUGCCUCGCGCCCGACGACCAGCGAGCCUCGCCGCGCCUGCACACGUACAUGGACGAGGAGCCGUCCACCGGCCUGCCGCCGCGCUACCAGCACGUGCCCGUGGCCGGCACCAAGAACCCUGAAGAAACAUACCUGGCGUUAGCGCUGGAGGCAGCUCUGCUGGGGCUCGGCAUGCAGAGGAUGCUGCCCAGCGGCCUGUACGCGCAGGAGCGGUACUGCAAACAGGAGGAGCGUCUGAUCAGCCAGUUACAACGUGUGGAGGGCGAGGCGGCGGCGGGUGUGUGUGUGCGUGUGUCGCGCGCGCUGCUCGCGGGCGGCCCGGCCUCCUGUCUGGGCACCAAGCUACACCCUCGCUCCGCGCCCGCUCAUACCUUCGCCAGGUUCUUAUUCCUGGCGCUGCUACCCACAGACCCUGAACUGGCGUACCGCGUCGGACUGAGAGCUAUGAGACUGCCAAUGGUAGAGGAAGCGUACUCGUUGGACGCGGGCGGGGCGGCGGCGGGUGGCGCGGGGGGCGCCUGGCACACGCUGCAGCACGCCGAGCAGCAGCAAGCAGCACUGGCCAGCGCGCUACUGGGUGCUGCUCGCGGUAGUCCGUCCCGUCUCCGCGCAGCACUAGCAGCAGCUCAGCGUCACGUCCGGUCGGCGGCGCAGCUGUUCCGAUUAGCGCAGGACGCGCUGAGACACGCCGCGCCUCCCGACGCUCCUCAUCAUCACAGGGACCUGCUGGCGGCCGCCUUCGAGCUCGGACUACAGGUUCUUCGCAUGACUCUGUCCGCGGUGAACUGGCGGCGGCGGGAGAUGGUCCGCUGGCUGGUGACGUGCGCCACCGAGCUGGGCCUGGACGCGCUGCUGUCCAUCAUGCAGAACUGGUACGAACUGUUCACACCCACGGAGGCGACCGGCCCCGUGGCGGCGGCGGCCAUGUCACACGCGACGGCGCUGCGGCUAGGACUGAGCUUCGAACAACAGGAGAAACUCAGCGCCUGCGCCAGGACACUCGCGCUGCAGUGUGCGGCCAAGGACCCGCCGGGCUGCGCCCUGAGCGCCCUGUCGGUGUGCGAGGGCUCGGCGGGCGCGUUCGAGGCGGCGUGCGCGGCGGUGGGCGGGGCGGCGGCGCGUGGUGCACUCGCCUCCAGCCAGCUGUUCGCUGUGGCGCGCUACAUGGAGCAGCGCGGCCAGCCGGCGCGUGCCAUGAGGCUGGCAACACUCGCCAUGAGGAACCUGCACCUACACUACAACCAGGACACUCACCCCGCCAUCGCCGACGUGCACUGGGCCGUCGCCCUCGCACACUCGCUGGGCCGCGCCGAGCUGCAGGCCAUGCUGCCGCUGCUCGUCAAGAACGUGCAGUGCGCGCCCGUGCUGUCCGACGUGCUGCGGCGCUGCUGCGUGGCGGCGGCGGGCUGCUCGCGCGCGCGGCCCCCGCCCCCCCGCCCGCCCACACCGCUCAGACCUCUACUGGAGGCCGCUCUCAGGGCGUACGCGUCUACCACACACGCGCGGCUCGCACACAUCUCUCCGAGACAUUACGCGGACUUUGUAGACUUCCUCGGCAAGGCGCGCGACACGUUCUCCCUAGCGCACGACGGGCCGCACCAGUUCGCGGCGCUGCUCCAAGAGAUCAAACUCAAAUACAAAGGAAAGAAGAAACUCAUGUUCCUGGUCAAGGAGAGGUUCGGAUGA